AUGUUGCAUCCAGAUUGGAAUACACCAGUUGAUAUUUCAAUUAAAAAUUGGGAUAAUCUUUUAAACUUGGAACAUCUCGGUAUUCGUUGGAGAAUUAAUGAUAACAUGGCAAUCAAAUUGGUAAAAUAUUGCAAGAAAUUAAGGUCUUUAGAUAUUAGGAUUAAAGGAAUAACAGAAACUGCUUUUCAAAAAUUGACAGAACUAAAAAAACUCGACAAUUUAAAUUAUUGUUUCGUGAAUGGAGUCUCCAGGAAUGAAUUUAUAGAUACAAUAUUUACAAUUUCUAACAAUUGGAAAAAACUUAAACAUCUGAGUAUAUCAUGUAAUAAUAUUGAUGAUAUUGAUGAUGAUAGUAAUGGACUAGCUCCUUCCACAGUCGUUUGUGAUGAGUUGUCGAAAUUGCAAUAUCUUGAAGAUUUAAAUGUGUUGAAUAUGCAUUAUUUCCACGAUAGCAGUAUUAUCGCUAUUUCUAAUUCAUGUAAAAAUCUACGAAAAUUAGAUGUAAGUUCAUGCAUUUAUAUUACUGAAGCAGCUCUCAUGUCUAUAACCAGCUUGCAUAAAUUAGAAGAACUAAAUGUCAGUAAUAUUGAUGGUGUUACAGACAAUUUUAUCAUCACCGAGGAUGAAUUUAUAAUUACAAUAUUGACAAUCACAAACAAUUGGAAAAAACUUAAACAUCUAAUUAUAUUAAAUGAGUUUACGGAUGGUCAACUUGAUGAACAUAUAAUUGGUCCAGUUCCUCCUACAGCCGUUUAUGAUGAGUUGUCAAAAUUGAAAUAUCUUGAAUAUUUAAAUGUUUUAAAUAUGCGUAAUUUCCAUGAUAGCAGUCUUAUUGCUAUUGCUAAUUCAUGUAAAAAUCUACAAAAAUUAGAGAUAAGUUUAUGCGUUUAUAUUACUGAAGCAGCUCUCAUGUCUAUAACCAGCUUGGAAAAAUUAAAAGAAAUACGUGUCAGUAAUAUUGAUGGUGUUACAGACAAUUUUAUCAAUUUUAUCAUCAUGAGUCAAGAAUCGAUCUGUCAUGUUCGAGAACAAGAUUAUCAUGUUGACGAAAAAAGAGAUCUCAUCAGCACUCUGAAUCAUGAUUCAUUGGCGCAAAUAUUCAUGUGGCUGACAGUAACUGAAAGAAUAGCAAUGGAAAAAGGUAAUAAAAAUUAUAAUUAA